AUGUGUGAGAAAGGAGACUCUUCCAUGAAGGAUCGGAUCUGUCUUUCACCCCCCAAAAACUUAAAGAAGGGGCAGCAGAUCCCGUGGUUCUGGGGGAAGCUGGGAGAAGAAAAUGGAGCUGGAUGUUCUGGACUCAGAAGAUUCCAUGAUCUGAGCAUUCCAGCUCUGGGAGCUCCCUGGAGGCUGCUGGACAAAUCCAAAGGGUUUGGAAUGUAACCUUUCUGUUUUCAUCUUGCUCCUGAAGAAAUCUUAGGAGGUGCAGACACACCCUAUGAGAAGGGAAUAUUCAACCUGGAAAUCAUCGUUCCUGAGAGGUACCCCUUUGAGCCCCCCAAAAUCCGCUUCCUGACCCCCAUCUAUCACCCCAACAUCGACUCUGCGGGCAGGAUUUGCCUGGAUGUGCUCAAGUUACCCCCCAAGGGUGCCUGGAGGCCCUCGCUGAGCAUCUCCACCCUGCUGAGCUCCAUCCAGCUGCUGAUGGCAGAGCCCAACCCCGACGACCCUCUCAUGGCUGACAUCUCCUCAGAGUACAAGUACAACAAGCAGCUGUUCCUGCUCCGGGCCCGGGAGUGGACGGAGAGACACGCGGGGCAGGGCAGGGCUCCCGAGCCUUUGGAAGAGAAAAGCACCCAGGGGGAAAGGAGCCCCAGCAGUGAGUCCUCUGGGCAGAAGAGGAAAGGGAGCAACAUCAGCAGGAAGGAGAAGAAAUCCUGCCCAGAUUCCUGAUUCCUGAGGGGGUUUUGUUCCCUUGGGAUUGUCCCUGUCCCCUUCCUCAGGUACGAGGUGUCCUGCCUGUAAAGGGCUGCAGCAGUUUGGGUUUUGCUGUUUCUGUGUUUGUUUGAGAUUUUCUUUUUGUGAAAACUUUUCAUUGUAUUAAUAAAAUCUGA